UCUCGCUGUGCAUUGCUGAGCAAGAUUGAAGGCUCCCGUGUGUGGCAGUGGCUCUGGUAACAUCUAUCAUGCUUCCAGUAGGUGUAGAAGAAAAACAACUGACAAAUUAAGAGACAUUUUAAUGUGGACAUGUGUGCGCGCUCGCGAAGCCGGAAGAUCAGUCAUAAUGACGUAGAUCGCAGAUUCGUAGCUGAAUUGGGCCGUUCAAGAUGGCGGAGUAUCUUGCGUCCAUUUUUGGUACAGAAAAGGACAAGGUCAAUUGCUCAUUUUAUUUCAAAAUUGGAGCUUGUCGUCAUGGAGAUCGGUGCUCUAGAUUACACAAUAAACCAACUUUCAGUCAGACCAUCUUGAUUCAAAACAUCUACCGUAACCCCCAAAACAGUGCACAGACGGCCGACGCCUCUCGCUGUGCUGUUAGUGAUGUGGAAAUGCAGGAACAUUAUGACGAGUUUUUUGAGGAAGUCUUUACAGAAAUGGAGGAGAAGUAUGGAGAGGUCGAGGAGAUGAAUGUGUGCGAUAACCUUGGUGAUCAUUUGGUUGGAAAUGUUUAUGUGAAGUUUCGGCGGGAAGAGGAUGCUGAAAAGGCUGUAUUGGACUUGAAUAAUCGCUGGUUUAAUGGCCAGCCGAUACAUGCAGAGCUUUCUCCAGUUACAGACUUCAGAGAAGCCUGCUGCAGACAAUAUGAAAUGGGGGAGUGCACUAGAGGCGGUUUCUGUAAUUUCAUGCACUUGAAACCCAUUUCUCGAGAACUGAGGAGAGAGCUUUAUGGACGUCGUAGGAAAAGACAUCGUUCUCGGUCAAGGUCUCGUGAAAGACGUUCUCGUUCACGGGAUCGUAGCCGUGGAGGUCGUGAACGUGAGAGGAGGAGAUCAAGAGAUCGGGAACGUUCUGGAAGAUUUUGAGCUAUGACACAGUUUUGUUGCCUUUGUUUUAUUGCUUGACUUCAAUCAAUGACCAGCACUUAUUUGAAACAUCAGAUGUCAUCUUGUUACAUGCGUGAAGCCCUUUUGUUUGUCCCUUUGUGUUUCUUUACAUUUUUUUUUAAGUGUACAAUUAUGAAUUUUGUUUCUCAAUAAAAGUGAAUUUUUAUAAA